AUGUUUGGAGUUUUCGCUCUGUUCUCCCGUGCAAGAAACCACGGCCUUUGUUUACUUUCCCUCCUCCCUUUCCCCCCUUUCUUCACCCUGUUCUUCCCCCGCCUCCGCAUCCUACCCCCCUUACCCCCCUUACCCCCCUUUCCCCCUUUCUCCCCCUCCAGCAUGCUGGUGGUGCAGCCGCGCCCGCAUCCGCGCUGGCUGCUGCGCGCCAAACUGCAUGCACACAUGCUCCCCCUUGCCGUCUGCUUCCUCCCCCCCCCCCCCUUCCCCCUUUUCCCCCAUUUCACCCCUCUCUCCUCGCACAGCAUGUUGGUGGUGCAGCCGCGCCCCCAUCCGCGCUGGCUGCUGCGCGCCAAGCUGGGGGAGGCACUGCGAUUGGUGGACUCGCUCACAGGCACGGACAGCCAAUGGGAGAUGGAGCAGCGCUCGUGGGGGGGCGCAGGGAGCGGGGAGGGCGCGCAGGCAGUAUGGCAGGGGGGACAGGAAGCACAGCAGGGGCAGGGAGGAGCGAGAGAGUGGCAGGAGGAAGGGGAGCAGUGGCGGCAAAGGGAAGAGGCUGAGGCUGAGUGGAGAAGGCGGAGUGAGGGGAGAGGGAUGCGUGGGGAUGGGGUGGAGGGGAGAGGGCGGAGUGGGGAUGGGGUGGAGGGGUUUGGGUUCCCGCCUCCAGGAGGGGGACACCCGUGGGUAGUGGUGCACAGCAGCGGGCGGGGGAUACGCGCAGGGUCAUUCUUUGGCAGUGGCACCAUCGAGAGCAUUGCAGCUCAUGUGCAUGCAUCACACAGCAUGGUAUGGUAUGGCGGUGUACCAGUGGAGGCUGUAUUUGUGAAUGCUACUCUCCCCUCCCACCUCCUUCCCCUCCCACCUCCUUCCCCUCCCACCUCCUUCCCCUCCCACCUCCUUCCCCUCCCACCUCCUUCCCCUCUCCUUUCCCCCACUUUCCGUACCCGUCUUCUCUCCCCUUCCUCCAAUCAAGGCGGCAUGGGGUCUGCCAGUGGUGGACCGAGUGGGUUUGAUCAUAGAGAUCUUCGUCUCACUCCCUCCCACUCUCCCUCUCUCCCUCCCUCCCUCCCACUCUCCCUCUCUCCCUUCCUCCCUCCCACUCUCCCUCCCUCCCUCCCUCCCUCCCUCCCUCCCCCCUCCCUCCCUCCCACUCUCUCUCCCUCCCUUCCCCCCUCCCCACCUCCCUUCCCCACUCCCUCCCUCUUAUCCCCCUCUGCCCCCUCCCUCCCUCUCUCCCACCCCCUUUUUCCCCCUCCCACCCUCCUAUGCCAGCAUAUCGGAAAAGCAGCACAAGCUGAGGCAGCAGAUUUCGCAAGUGCCUUGUGA